AUGAGGAGGUCAAGAGAGCAGCCGCUCUUGUGUACAUCACUGGAUUGGGCUCGGGGAGGCAACCAAUUGCCCAAUUCAAAUGCCAGGACCUGCAGCAGACAGAGUCUUACAAAUGAGAGGUUCUUAUUUAUUAUAUUCUUGGUUUUGCAGGAAAUUAGGAAUCGAUCCGCUGCUUUCAAGCAGGACAACAAUUAUUUUACGGAGGCAGGGGGUAGCACUGAGAACCUGAAGAAGAAUCGAUACAAAGACAUUCUACCAUAUGAUCAAACACGGGUUCCGAUCACAUUUCUUGCAGAAGAAGUUGGCUCCGACUACAUUAAUGCAAGCUUUAUACAGGGUGUAGACAAUCAGCCCCGAUAUAUCGCCACUCAGGGGCCGCUAAGCCACACGGUAGGGGACUUUUGGAGAAUGAUUUGGCAAUACCAGGUUAAGGUUAUAGUGAUGGCAUGUCGAGAAGUGGAACACGGAAAGAAAAAAUGUGAACGCUAUUGGCCAUUGGAUGAGGAACCCGUCCAGUAUGGACCAUUUGCUGUUAGCAUGGUGGCAAAGGUCAUUGUGAAUCCGGAGGUGGUCUUUAGGAACCUAAAGGUGAUAUAUCAAGAGGAAGCCCGGGAAGUUGGUCACUUCCAGUAUAUCGCAUGGCCUGAUCGUGGGAUUCCAGACUCUUACUCCUGCUUCCUUGAGAUGAUCAAACUAGUGCGUCAACAUCAAGGACAGAACAGUGCCCCGAUUUGUGUGCACUGCAGUGCAGGAUGUGGACGGACCGGGGUGAUCUGUACCGUGGAGUAUAUCCAAUGUUUACUACACAAACAGAAGGUGCCAAAUGACUUUAGUAUAUUUGAAGUUGUGAUGAUGAUGAGGCGUCAAAGACCCUCCGCUAUACAGACAAAGGAACAGUAUGAUUUCUUGUAUCACGCAGUUACUGAGAUGUUUGAAAAGCAACUGAAUGAUCACAAUUAUGAAAAUCUGCACCAGAAUAAAGCACCCUAUUAUGACGAUGUGGCACCUCAGCUGAACGUUUCCCAUACCCAGGCCUUGCACCGGAAGAAGGAUCUCAGUCCAUGUGUGUCCCUCCCGCUGGACUGCUCAGAUAUGAAUGAUACGUACGCAGUGGUGCAAAAGAGGCCACCAGCUCCAUCAGUCUCGUCUGGGUCUAAAAGUCUACCUACCACCUCCGAGAACCGGGCACCAACCUCAUCUCACCACCAGUAUGAUAACGUCAGACCACGCACAAUGUUUGCUAAGCCUACAGACCAGUUGUACAGCACUGUGGCUCCUAAACCCAACAGGGCAUCCAACAGUCCAACUUUCAGUCCAACCACCACCUUGCAAGUCUCGUCCCCCUAUGCUUUAGCUGGUGCGCCAGGUCCUCCAGAGGCUACAGCUAAUAAUUAUAGUCCGGUCAACGCUUCCAGUGCAGUCCUUAAAAAGACACCGUCGUUCCAUAAUUCAAAGGGAGACAACAGAUGGAGCCAAAAUACACCAAGUAGCUAUGCAGUGUUUCCAGACUCCCAAGCUCACGGUCUAGAUGAGUAUGAAGACGUCAGCGACCCAGCAAAAGGCCGACCCCUAACUGGAGGAAUAGGGUUUAAUUAUCGCAUUGGAAAACCUAAAGGGCCUCGAGAUCCACCCCCUGAAUGGAUUCGAUAGAAGACCUAACCUUUUUUUUUACAAAUUGUAUUUUUUUAUUUUUUUAAACAAUCUGCCUGGAAAAUCAAAAUCAACUAAACCAUGCUGGUUUUUAUAUUUAUCUCAUCCUUUGAUAUUACAGACUAAUACCUUAGAAAUACAAAACAACUUUCUUUAAAAUUAACCUUUAAAUGUAUCUGCUGUAUAUAGUUAGUAGGUUGAAUGAGUGAAUAUUCAGCUGAUGGCAUCAUCACAAAUUAGUGAAAUCAUCAAAAUAUCCUUGUAAAUAUUCCUUAAGCCAGCAAUGAGACUCAUGGCACAGUGUAACGUCAACAUAUACUGAUAUGGACUCAUUAAUUGAUUUCCUGACAAUCUCAGGGCUAACCCAUUCCUGCGGUCUGAUUCAAAUUACUAUGGUGAAAUAUGUGCAAUCUACAGACAAAAAACAUUCCACAUGCUCACCUUCCAACGGUCAACGGCCAAGAGAACGAGCUAUGGCCCCCACAGCUUUAUUAAAAACGUAGAAUCACAAAAUAUGCAUUGAUUGGUUCACAUUAUACAGAUACACCCACUCCAUCCUCAGUAUCACCCACCCCCUUGUGACGUCUGUAGCAUAUGACACACAUAUUCCAAAGUCCAGGAGCAAAGGGAAAGAAAUGGAAGUCCUUAUUUGGAAGAAAACUUCUGGUCAGAUGGAGACAGGAAGAGGGGGGGGGAAGGGUUGAACACGUUUGAAACAUGAGGGAAAGAAUUGGCAUCUGUUCCCAAUCUUCAGCCUUUUUGUCCUUCUUAUUUUUAAUGCUGAGUUCAUUACUUUUAAAACUUAAUUUUUAUAUCUGACAAAUCUUAUCAAGGAAAAUAAACACUUAUUGUG